AUGGCGCAGCGCCGCGUCACCGACUUUUUCGCGCGCCGUCGCAGCGGCCCCCCAGCCUGCCUGCCGCGGGCCAAACAGGUCUUGCGCACUCCCAGCCCUGCGAAGCCGGCGCCCGGCCUUCCGGCUCCCGCCUUGAGUGACCCGCCGGGUGGCAGCCGCAAGCGCCCUCGCCCCGCCGCAGACCCCGCGCACGAUGAGCCUGCGCCACCCGCGCGCAGGAGGCUGCGGCUGCCACUGCCGCCCACCCCGGAGCCUGCCGACGCGGUCCCCACCCCCAGCUCCUCAGUAGCCUCUGGCUCCUCAGCCUGCUCUCCUCCAGGCAAGAAAAUAAAGAAGGCCAGCCUCCCAUCAGGCCAGCGGCCCUGCCUGGUGGCCCAGGGGGACAAGGACACCGUCUCUGAGCUCCAGGCGUGCCUGCAGCGGGCACGGAAGCUGGGUGCGCGAGUCCAGGCACUGAGGGCCUAUGCCCAGGAGGGGGAUGCCAAGAAGUCCAGUGUGCCAGAGCCUGAGGGGCACCCAGCGGAGCCAUGUGGGGAGAAGGCGCCCGCCUACCAGCGCUUCCACGCCCUGGCCCAGCCUGGUGUCCCAGGCCUGGUCCUGCCCUACAAAUACCAGGUGCUGGCCGAGAUGUUUCGCAGCAUGGACACUGUCGUGGGCAUGCUGCAUAACCGCGCUGAGGCUGUGACUUUCGCCAAGGUCAAGCAGGGCGUCCAGGACAUGAUGCACAGGCGCUUUGAGGAGCGCAACGUGGGUCAGAUCAAAACUGUGUAUCCUGCCUCCUACCGCUUCCGCCAGGAGCGCAACAUUCCCACUUUCAAGGAUGGCAUCAAGAGGUCAGACUACCAGCUCACCAUCGAGCCACUGCUGGACCAGGAGGCCAGCGGGGCAGCCCGCCAGCUCACAGCGUCUUGGCUUCUGCAGCGGCGGAACAUCUUUAGCCGGAACCUGGUGGCGCGGGUCAAGGAACAUCACAAGGCCUUUCUGGCCACCCUGGACCCUCCCAUGGAGGUACCUGAGGACCAGCUGACCCGUUGGCACCCGUGCUUCAACGUGGACGAGGUGCCUGAUAUCGAGCCGGCAGAGCUGCCCCGGCCACCCCCCACAGAGAAGCUGGUGACUGCCCAGGAGCUGCUGGCCCGAGCCCGAAGCUUAAUGUCACCCAGGAUGGAGAAGGCCUUGAAUGACCUGGCCUUGCGCACAGCUGAGCCCAGCAGCCCUGGGUCCCCCUGCCCAGUCCCGCCAGCCACCCCACCUGCUGCCCCCAAUGCCCUGAAGGGGGUGUCGCAGGCCCUGCUGGAACGGAUCCGGGCCAAGGAGGCACAGAAGCAGCUGGCACAGAUGACACGGCGCCCAGAGCAGGAGCAACGGCUGCGGCAGCUCGAGCGACUGCCCGAGCUGGCCCGUGUGCUGCGUGGUGUCUUCGUGUCCGAGCGGAAGCCGGCGCUCACCAUGGAGGUGGCCUGUGCCAGGAUGGUGGGCAGCUACCACACCGCCAUGAGCCUUGGGGACAUGGAACAGCACCUGCAGCUGCUCGCUGAGCUGCUGCCCAACUGGCUCACCCUGCACCGCAUCCGCACCGACACCUACCUCAAGCUGGACAAGACCGCUGACCUUGCGGGCCUCACUGUGCGACUGGCCCACCUAGCUCGCACUGAGGAGGGGCUGUGA